ACUGCUCCAGGCUCCCGACCCCACCUCUCACAAACGUCCUACUCACCUCUCUCCUGCUGUUCUCCUUCACUUCUCCUAUCUUUCAGCUAUUCAGCCUCACAGUUAAAGAUGUCCUGGACGUACGCGACCCUCCUGGCUCUCCUCACUGUGCUACUUGCACUUUCCUUGUCCCCAGAGGCCGACUCUGCAGCUGUGCCCAGCGGCACAGGCAGUGCUAAAGAUCCACAAGGUCCUCUGAAGAGGAUCUUCAUGAAAGAGGAAGAUGCUUCGAACUUCUUCAGAAAACGCAGCAGACGGGGGGCAAAGUCUAAGGAUGAGAUCAACGCUGAGCAGAGGCAGGUUUUGGCCGCAGAUGAACGAAAGAGAGAGUUCCACGAGGAGAAGAGAAACGAGUUUGAGAGCUACGCUGAAGAGGAGAAUGACGAGCAAAACGAGAGGAGCAGAGAGAGCACCGAGCAGUGGAGGGAGUUCCACUACGACGGGAUGCAUCCUCCCCACGAGUACAACCGUCACUCCAUCUGAGGCUCCGGGGCAUGAAGAGGAGAGACGUGAUGCUGACAGCUGCCGAGUCUUUAAGAGACAAACAUCCUUAACUACAAAGUGAUGCUUUUCACAAGAACAUGACUGCUGACACAGUAAAGACAUCAGCUACAGAGUGAUUGUAAUCCUGCGUUUAGGAUCCCACAGACCCACUGCUGUUUGUAAAGGCUAGAACUAUAACUGCAAAAUGUUUUCUUCUUCAUCAAUUUUGCGUCUUUUCUCGUGAACGUCUUAAAACAGCAUGCUGGAAAGUAUUGAAAUAGUAACCCUUCCAUUUACCACAAACUGGGCGACUUAAUUUGAACAUUUAUUAAUUCCUUUAUACAUGUUUGCCUGUAACAAACAAUUAUCUUCAGUUUGGAUUAACCAUUUGAUCUAUAAAAUGCCAUUGUUGGUCAAUUUACUAUAAAAGUGGAAAAAGAAAAACAUAGAGGAGACAGAGCCAGUCAAAAACAAAGAAAACGUCCAGUAAUAUCUUCUUUCAUAAACACAUUAUAUCCGAGGUCCAUUAGAGUCCAUUUCUUAAACUCAGUGACCUUUUUGUACAGUAAUCAAACCAACAAUAGAAAUCCUAAUUGACUUAUUUGGCAUUAUAGAGGAGUAGUUCCACUAUAAAGUGCUGUCAGCAUCAAUCAUAGUCAUAGAGCUUAUGGAAACUGAUUGUAUUUAUCUGAUUUACAGCUGAGGUCUCUGAGACAAACAGAAAUCAUGCUUAUUUUUCUGUACAUCUACAGAGUUGUGUAAUUCUUGAUCCAUUUUCAUAAAAAUUACUAAGAGUCACAGAGUACCAAGCUGAUGGCAGAAUUUUGCUAAAGCUGUUAAGGAGCGCGUUGGUCUCCUGGCUUAAUAAAUAUGCAAAUAUUUUAUUAUCAGAA